CGGCAGCGCACACGUUUCCUUUCACAAAUUGCAAUUUUCUAAAACCCCAGUACCAUUCCAUUAAACAACAUGCCGACCUACCACAAACCGGAAGCCAAAACCAUCCAGGAGCUGAAGGAUAUCGCCCACAAGCUCCGGAUCGAUUCGAUCAACGCAACGCAAGCGUCGAAAUCUGGCCACCCAACAUCAUGCGCUUCGAUCGCGGAAAUCAUGUCGGUGUUGUUCUUCAACACGAUGCGAUACAAAAUCUCUGCUCCACGUGACGCUUCGUCCGAUCGGUUCAUUCUGUCGAAGGGCCACGCGGCCCCGAUCCUGUAUGCGGCCUGGGCCGAGGCUGGACUGUUCCCGGUGGCGGAUCUCAUGAACCUGCGCAAGAUCGACUCCGACCUGGAGGGACAUCCGACGCCGCGGCUUAACUUCAUCGAUGUCGGUACGGGUUCGCUUGGUCAGGGUGUGGCCGUCGCCUGCGGUAUGGCGUAUGUAGGGAAGAACAUUGAUCACGCGGAUUACCGGACGUACGUGCUCGUCGGAGACGGUGAAUCCGCCGAAGGUUCGAUUUGGGAGUCGCUCCAUUUCGCCGGGUACUACAAGUUGAACAACCUGUGCGUCAUCUUCGACGUUAACCGGUUGGGACAGUCGGAACCAACCUCGCUGCAGCACCAGAUGGAAGUGUACCGGAAGCGGCUGGAUGCGUUCGGUUUUAAUGCGAUCGUCGUCGAUGGGCACGAUGUCGAGGAGCUGUGCAAGGCGUUCUUUGAAGCGACCUCAACCACGGACCGCCCGACCGCCAUCAUUGCCAAGACGUACAAGGGCAAACACUUCCCCAACAUCGAGGAUCUUGAGAACUGGCACGGUAAGCCGCUGGGCGAUGCCGCCACGGAUGUCGUUGCGCAUCUGCAGAAGCUGAUUCGUAAUCCGGGCCCGAUCACGGUGGCACCACCAUCCCCGCAGAAGGAGAGCGCCCCGAAAGUCAGCAUCAAGGGCAUUCAGUUGGCCACCCCGCCGGCUUAUCAGAAGGGUGAACAGAUUGCCACGCGGCUAGCAUACGGUACCGCGCUGGCUAAGAUCGCGAUGAACAACGAUCGCGUUAUUGCGCUCGAUGGGGACACGAAGAAUUCCACCUACUCGGACAAACUCCGCAAGGCGUUCCCGGAGCGGUUCAUCGAGUGCUUCAUUGCGGAACAGAACCUGGUGGGUGUUGCGAUCGGAGCGGCUUGUCGCGAUCGUACCGUCGCCUUUGUGUCGACCUUUGCCACGUUCUUCACCCGUGCGUUUGAUCAAAUCCGUAUGGGUGCGAUUUCGCAAACGAACGUCAAUUUUGUGGGCUCGCAUUGUGGUGUCAGCAUCGGCGAGGAUGGUCCGAGCCAGAUGGGUCUUGAAGAUGUUGCCAUGUUCCGCACUAUCCCGGGCAGCACUGUCUUCUAUCCGGCGGAUGCCGUCAGCACGGAACGGGCGGUAGAAAUGGCUGCCAACACUUCCGGUGUGUGCUUCAUUCGUACCUCGCGUCCCAACACCGCCGUCAUCUAUGAUAACAACGAGAAGUUUGAGAUUGGGCAAUGCAAGGUCGUGAAACAGAAUGCCAACGAUUCGGUGCUGCUUAUUGGUGCCGGUAUUACGCUCUACGAAGCGCUUAAAGCUGCCGAGGAGUUGGAAAAGAGCGGCAUCCACUGUCGCGUAAUUGACCCGUUCACCGUUAAACCGUUGGAUAAGGAAGGAAUCAUUCAGAAUGGUACACAAUGUGGAGGCCGCGUGGUUGUGGUUGAGGACCAUUACAAACAAGGUGGUUUGGGUGAGGCCGUAUUGUCUGCCCUUGCAGAACAAAGGAACUUUGUGGUCAAGCAUCUAGCCGUCGAUAAGCUGCCGCGUUCUGGCCCGCCUACCGUCCUAGUCGAUAUGUUUGGCAUCUCGUCCCGUUCCGUUGUGGCUGCAGUGCAUGACAUCAUCAAAAUGUAGAUUCCAUUGCGUAUUCAUCAGCCAGCAUCUACAGGAUGUGGGUCAACAUACAUCCUCCGAAGGAUGGUGCCUUGCGCGAAGUGAGCAGUGUCUCACCGAUCAUGUUGAUCGUGAUUCUCAUUGGUUUUGAUCUUUUUUGUUCUUAUUUUCUCAUAAUAUCUGCUGUUCGCUUUGGGAAUGUGGGUGCUUUUGGGUCGUAUAAUGUGUCUUUAAGUAACAAGGUUACAGCUGUUAAUUCUCUCUUAAAUUUCAUUGUCAUACAUUGCAGAUUGUACUGACCUUUCAUAUCCGUUAGGGGAGAUCCGUUGUCUGUCGAGAGCAUUUGCGCGAUACAUCCGUACAAUAAAAUUGUGACAAAUUCA